GUGUUGGGGGGGACACGCAUUUUCCAGAUACACACAAUGCCAAGGACGACGCCCUGGUCCAAGACCACCUACGGAUCAUCAUCGGCUGCAGGAGAGGGAUGGCUAACGGACAGACACAAUCCAUUUCGGGGAUGAAAACAAGGCGGAGGAAGAAACGAGACGGGGCCAGAUUAUGGAGAAUUCCAGAGGGUCUUCAAAAUCUAGAAAGAAACCAUGGAGAGAAGAGGCUUGGGAAAGAGCAAAGGAUGCCAUGACCUUGCUAAAACCCUUUUCACUCAGGGGAACUGUUUAUCUGAAGCUUGCGGCAGAAGGCCAGAGCAGAAAUCCAACCAUCAACAACCAUCUUCUACACCCAGCAAUAAGAGUUUGAGAGAAGAGCCAAAUUUAAGCAAGAAGGAUGGUGUGGCCUUCCAGAAUGUCUUUUCACUCAGAGGAACUGUUUAUCUAAAGAUAUACAGUAGUCGAAGUCAACAAGGAAGCACCAUGGGUUGUCCGGGGCUUGCCAAACCUCCACUGCUUGCAUUUCUGGAGCCCACAGUCCAUUCUCUGAGGUUCAGAAGCUUCUUGAGCGCUGACGGACUUCUUAAACACUCGAUACAGGAUAAAGGAUGAGGAGGCGCAAAAGGAAAAAGGUGGUGCGUCUUAAGAAGCCCAGAAGCACUGAGCAGAAGAUGGACAGGAAAAAAGUAGUGUCUGCUGGAAAGGAGAGCCUCCACGCUCCUCGGCUCCGUUCGCCCCUGAGAAGUGAUCCGAGGUGCACUUAGAGGCGCGCGGAGGAGAGGAAACGGAGCCAUGAGUCGCGCGCUCAUUGAGCCCGUGACCACCAGCUUCCGGGAAGACGCGCCCCGUCCACCGGUACCGGGAGAAGAGGGUGAGGAGGAGGCGUCGUCGUUGUCGGUGUCGUUGUCGUCGUCGUCGCGUCGCGAUCCGUCCGCGUAUAUGAAAAUCAAGAACGCGGUGAAAACGGCGCGCGCGCCGCGGAGGGAUGAGGACGGCCUGGGUGAGCCGGAAGGGAGCGCGUCGCCAGACUCGCCGCUCGCGCGGUGGACCAAGUCGCUGCGCUCGCUGCUGGCAGACCAGGACGGCGCGCACCUGUUCCGGACUUUCCUGGAGCGUGAGCGUUGCGAGGACGCGCUUGACUUCUGGUUCGCGUGCAACGGCUUUCGGCAGAUGGACCUGCAGGACGCUAAGACGCGCCGGGUGGCGCGAGCCAUUUACAAGCGCUACGUGGAGGGUCGCGGCGUGGUGGCCGAGCACCUGCGAGCGGCGACGCGCGCGUGCAUCCGCGAGAGCGUCAAGAAGCAGCGGAUCGAGCUGCGCAUGUUCGACCAGGCCCAGACUGAGAUCGAGGGCGGCCUGGAGGAGAGCGCCUACCGCGCUUUUCUCACCUCGGACAUCUACCUGGACUACGUGCGCUCCGGCGGCGAGAACGCGGCAUGCGCCGGCCACGCCCACGCGCAUGGCGGCCUGGCGAGCCUCGAGCUUGUGUGCGGCUACCUGCCGCCGCUCAUCGAGGACAAGGAGUGGAGCUGCGGCGAGCUGAAGGCCAAAGCGCUGGCGGCUGUGGUCGGGCUGUCUGCCGAGACACUGCGCGCCACCAUGACCCUGCGCACCGCAGACUGCAGGGCUCAGAAACGAGGAGACCCGGCCAGUCCGUAUUUCGUGAACUCGGGUCACGUCGUGGCUCCAGCCAGCAGCGCUAACGACAGCGAGGUGUCCAGCGACGCCACCACUGAUGACUCUAUGUCCAUGACUGACAGCAGUGUGGACGGGAUCCCACCAUACAAGCUGGGCACGAAGAAACAGCUACAGCGGGAGAUGCACCGGAGCGUCAAGAUCAACGGACAAGUUUCGCUCCCCCACUUUCCCAGGACGCAGCGAUUGCCGAGAGAGAUGGCUCCGGUGAAGCCGUCUACAUUUGCAGCAGAGCUGAUCGCCCGUCUGGAGAAACUGAAGCACGAGCAGGACACACUCAGCUCUCUGGAGGAAAGGUUGCAGCAAAUACAGGAGGAAGAAGAACGAGAUGACAGUGAAUUACCUGUAGUCAUCUCCCAGCAGCCUCCCACCUCUCUCAGCCUCCUCUCUUCUGGAUUGUGCGAUGAAGACCCUCAGGCCAUCCUGGACGAGCACCUCUCCAGGGUCCUAAAGACCCCAGGGUGCCAGUCCCCUGGCAUACCAGGCUACUCGCCUCGCUCCCGUUCCCCAGACCAUCAUCAUCAGCAAGGCUCCACCCCCAAUCUCUUACCUAGCAUGCACUGUUCUGUACCAUCCAAGACGCCCGUGAUGGCUCCCCAGUCCUCCACCAAGCACAUCCAUCACCACUACAUCCACCACCACCACUCUGCUUCACCCAAGAGCAGGGAGGAGAUGGAGGCCGAGGCGGCACACCGAGUGGCGCAGUGUCUAGGCUCAUCGGGGUCGGAUUACUGCUACCAGAGGUGCCACAACUCAGCCGAUCUUCAACAAGGGCGUACCAGCACAUUAUCUAAGCGUCCCAGUAAUAUUAGUGAUGGAAUGAGUGGUUGCAAGUCAAGCGAAGAGGAAAGCACAUCACCUCUGCUCCCCAGAGAUGGUAUGGUCCGAUCUCACAACGUGUGGCAGUGGAUCUUGGAAAGUGAGAGGCAGAACAGGCACAAGCCUCACAGUUCUCAAGGCCUGAAGAAAACGCACCCAAGCGAUUCGUCCUCUAAGAUGCCCUUAUGGGGUGGUGGAGGAGUAGGUGGUCAUGCUCGAGCACACCAUCCGGGUCACCCGUUUGUCCAGGAUCCCACUAUGCCACCUCUAUCUCCACCAAACACCCUCACCCAGCUCGAAGAAGCCUGCCGAAGACUGGAAGAAGCCUCCAAACCAACUAAACAAAGACACUCAGCCUCCAGCCUGCAGAGAGAGAGAGUGCAUCCGUCUCUUUUCUCCAACAGCAGCUCGCCUCUCAUCAACCCUGCCCUGCAGAUGGACGAGUGGAAGGAGCAGCGGCGGCUGAGUGCUGGACACUCCAGCGCCCACUCUGGCUCGGAGCUGGUGGUCACUUACUUCUUCUGCGGCGAGGAGAUCCCUUACCGCAGACUCAUGAAGACCCACAGCCUCACUCUCGGCCAUUUCAAAGAGCAGCUCCGCAAGAAAGGCAACUACAGGUACUACUUUAAGAAGGCCAGCGAUGAGUUUGAGUGCGGUGCUGUGUUCGAGGAGAUCUGGGAGGACGGCACGGUGUUGCCUAUGUACGAGGGGAAGAUCCUGGGAAAGGUCGAGCGCAUGGACUGAGCACAUCCAGCCAUCCGGCUAGCCACUUACUGUACGCCUUUUAACUGUUACCAAGCGCUGGGAUAACAAAUGAACUUCCAGUAUCCAGACACGCUGCCACCAGGAACUUCAGAAACAAGGCUAGUCGUCCAUCGGACACCAGGCGAACAGACUCCUUUGGCACAAAUGUGUGCCUUUUUAAAGCUACCUAGAGUUAAUAUAUUUGAAAAAAAAGACCAACUGAGAUGUGAUGAAGCGAUUGAAGGAACAAUAAUAACCAAUGAAGAUGAGCAGAAGACCAUUUUUUUCUAACCACUCCGCCUUAGAAAACAAUUUUGAGCUGUUGCUCGGAAACGAAACCAUUGAAGGUGCAGAUUAGUUCACUACACUGCAGCAAGUGGACAGAGCCUAUAGUGCAUCAUCUGCUUUAUCUAUUGAACUCUGAAACGUCUAUACAUGCAUAUAUACAUACAUGCCUAUGUGUAUAUAUACAUGUGUCCUUGGAAGAUGUUUUUAUUAUCUUUUUUUAAAGUAUUUAUUGAACUAUACUAUCCCAAUUUUCCUGACUCUCAUGUCCACAGAAAGGACACGCUGCUUGAAACCAUUGUUUCAGUUCCUUUUUAUUAGUAAUGCAACACACACUCACACACUCCUCCCAUUCCUCUUAAAACACGUUUCUGAUCAUAAUUUGCUGCAGCGAAAGCUGCCUGUGCAGUAACUACUUCUUAUAGAAUUUCAUUAGUAGCCGUUCGUAGGUUCUCAUUGCCACUAAAUUUCUAAAGAUCAGCAAGUCACUGUUGUAGUUUCUCACUUUUAGCUGCUGAAUUGUCCAUAACUCAUCAUCCUGCCUCUACUGAAAGCUCUAGUAUUAGUCAGGCAAGGUUACCAGGCUUAUGACGUGAUACUGAAGAUCUUGUAACAGAUUAUAUCACAAUUCUACAAUUAAGCGACCUUCAUGACUGAGAUUAUAGAUGUUUGGCCGUCAAUUACAGAAAGCUCUUCUUGUGGUGCCUUUGUUGGUGUGGAGGUUUUUGUCUGUCAAAAGGAAUCAUAAGUGUAUUGGAAAUUGUAAUUAUAUGCCUGUUUCGCAAGUGCAAUCCUAAUUUAGGUUUUUAGAAUAUUAUUUCUAUAAUUAGAAAUCACAACUGACAUACAAAUUUCAUGCUACAUUUACAACUUGCUGGUUAUGCUGCCUAGGCACACAACUACAAUGCUGGGAUUGUUGUUACUAAUACCAAGCUCAAGGUACCAAAAACUCAAAAAUAAUUCCACAAAUUAUGUAUAACCUGCAGCUACCGUACGGAUCACGAUAUCUAUACAUUACAGCUACACACUAUAAAAGUGCAAAAUGAACAAUGUGAAUAAUAAUCUGUAAACAUCAUGUGAAAAGCAUCUGAAAUAUGUUACAAGUUACAAAUUUCGAUGCUCUGUAAUUCAUAAAAUUGUGAUUUUAUGAAUUGUGAGGAUCCCUUUACAUAUGGUUACUUUUGACAGGAAAUUAACUCCAUACAUUGCAGAAAUGAAUGCCACUUCAUAGGUCACAAACACAGCUUACAUUCAUACCACAUUUUAAAAGAUAGUCUCAUAGGCCUAUAUUUUAGAAUGAUCCAUUGUGAAGGGGGUGGGGGGGAGGCACUAAAGUUUAUUUGAUAUCAGUGCAGCACCUGUGCCUACAUGGACCAUACCAUGUGCUACCCUGUUUCAGGGUGUUAUAUUCCCUUGGUUUUUAGAAGGGCUUUAUGUUUUGAAACACUUUGUAAGCUUUUAAUAGUAUCAUUUUCUUUGUUUUGUUUACUUCAUUUUAUCAAAUCUGUAAAUUAUACAUUAUACAAAGAGUUUUCAGUUAAAGAUUUUACUUUGAGCUAUAAUUAUUGUAAUUAUUAAAAGAUGUAGCCUUUAUUAUUAAAGUUUUAUAUUUUUCAAAUUAAAGAAAAAAACCUUGUCAUGGUCUUCAUUCACUUCUUCUAGAGACUUUGUAUGUGGCGCUGCUCCUGUCCUCAUCUCAAAACUGUAACUGUUAAGAAACUUCAAAGACUAGUUAUUUAUGUAAUUAUGGUUCUAUGAACCGCCAGGGGCAGUGGGAAUCAGCAGAAAACUUUUUUUUGUGCAUAUAUGCGACUUCCAACAAAGUUACACAGAACCUUGUUCCCACUGGUCCCAAAUGACAAGGAACUCUGGCAGGUAUCCGGUGUUUAUAGUAACACCGUGACUAUAUUCUUUUUCAUCCCUUCUCUAACUACUAGAGGUGGUGGGAAGAACCUGGGUAACAUACGCCAUAGUGUCAUGAGGAAAACCUUAGGACGAACUGGAAAGAUGCUGAGACACAACCGCAGUUCUAUCACCGCUAGAAAUCUGGAGAAAGUGGAUGUUGACGUCCAGGUAGCAGCGCCACCUGGUGUGGCUUUCCUCUAAACAGUGCUCAUGAGAAUGAGAUGUUCCUAAUAGUGUGGCAUGUCACAAUAGGGGCUGGACGUCUAGCCCCUCUAUAGGCCAUGGUAAAGAUGUUCACCAGCCAGUGGGCCAACCUCUGCUUAGACAGAGGAGUCCUCUGUAUCCUUUCUCUGCAACAGAUUAACCAUAGAUGCCAAUUUAUGGAAUUUAUUUAGGGUGCAUAUAAAUAGCCUACAAAUUAAAAAGCCUACAAAUCUGUGACAUCAUGCAAUUAACAUUCA